UUGAGCAAAGAAUUGCAAGAUAUUCAAAAACGAUUGAAGAGUGCUGAAGACGAGAAAUCUGAACUGAAAGGAAAAUUGAGCGAGGCGGAAAAGGAUCUGAAUGAAUGUAAAGAGAAUAUUGCAAAAUUGAAACAGAAUGGAUUAUCUCCUCGACCGGCGCCACGACGUCCCCAUGCAAUGGGUNGUAGGAACUGUGGUCAAUAUGAAUCUAUUGAAGAUGAUUUCCCUUUUGGUGACUUUAAAUUGAAACAAAAUGGAUUAUCUCCUCGACCGGCGCCACGACGUCCCCAUGCAAUGGGUGAUCUCACCGAUACUUCGGCUAAUCCCUCGUUACCGAAUAACGACAGUGAUGAAGUGAAGAAAAUGAAAGCUGAAAUUGAGCAAUAUGUGCCGCAAGAUCUGGUAUUUUGUGCUAAUUAUGCUGAAGUUAUACCGUUUAUAAUUUGGCCACAAAACUGGCAAUUGCAACAGUUUACUUGUAGGAUUCUUUUAUUGGAUUCAUUCGAUUUUGAUAUGAAUUUCCCUGAUAUUUAA